AUGGAGAAAAAGAGCAACAUGCGGAGUAACAAGACGCAACCUGCGGAAGGAGAAAAUUUGAGUUACUUGUCUGGUGGUGGCGGUGAACGUGAAAGCUACCUCUCUUGGGAACGAAAGAUGAGCCGGGGCCUGUCAGGGCUUGGCGUGGCGGAUAUAGACCGUCUCUCUGCGGCAGACCACGCCCGCAUGUUAGCACAAGAGAACAUUGGUUUUCACGAUGGCGCAAUUCGUUCUAGCAGCAAGGGCAUGAUUAAGGCCGUAAUUGAUUUUCCGAACUACUAAACAGGCUAGUAGUUCUGCCUUUUGAAUAGAUCAGCGUGAUACAGAUUGAUAAAUAGUUCAGUCAGAGCUCUAAGCAGGGUCUUCAUGGUGAUGCGAAUCGCAGCGACGAAGCUAGACGCGCACGAGGCUUUCAGCAGACUAGUGAAGCAAUUCCCUUUACCAGAAGUAGCAGCACUGAGGAGUUUGCGACUGGCUCUGGCCGUUUGUCUGCCGCCAGAGGUGCGCAGCUAGAUGGCGCUACUUCAUCUAGGCAAUUAGAACCGAUGAAACUUCCACUAGGUGGUUCCCUUGAGGCUGGUCCAUGCGUGGCUGGAACGACAAAUAAAGCGUUUUUCCCUGACGCGCCUCCGCCUUCGGCGUUUGCUCAUUCGGCAAUGAUGUAUACACAGAGGCGAUCGGGCGGCUCCCUGACACCCAAGGGCAACAGGAGCGACCACUCCACUCCCGAACGAGAGCACACAGUCUUGAGAUCGAUAAUGGGCGGAACUGGAAUCAAUGAGAACAAAGGUGGAGACAACGGCGGAAGUGAAGCGGUGCCGCGAUUCCUUGACAAAAUCAGAAGUUGGAUGAGAUUCCAGUGGUACAGAAUUUUCCUAGGGCUGCAAAGAUAGUCCGCUUGUUUGUAUGAUCAUUCGCGACUUGAUGAUGUCAUAUUUACUUCGAAAUCCGCUAUUUUUGGGUGAAACAACACUAUCGUCAUCAAUCUAACUGUGAUAAGUGGCUGUUGAUUAUUUAUCAACGUGACCACUCGUUCACUACAGGUACCAUUGGUUUUUUCUGAUGCUGAUUGUGUUUAUUUUGACGCUGUCCGUGAUCUAUUCGUCGUUCGGUGAUUACGAUGUUUUCGAGGCUGAUGUGAACAGAAAUUGGGGCUUUCUGUUGCAGGAAGAAAGGGCUGCGGUGUGGUUGAAUGAGUUCGGCGUUGGAAAUCCUGAUCGCUGGUGGUCCAACAUGAUGCGGUAUAUCAACGAAAACGGCGUUGAUUUCGGAUACUGGAGUAUUGACGGGCAGAAGGAGCCGGGAAAGGUGGAAUCCUUCGGCCUUCUCGAGUACCACUAUGACGAGUAUAGAAAGGUGGCGAAACUGUACGAUCUUUCUCCUGGCGUUUCGGUGUACCAGCGGGGAGGAAUAUAUUACGUGAAGGCCGUAGUGGAGUACAACGAAAGAAACGGACUUCCACCACCAUGGGGCUUCGGUGACUGAAUAGACAGUAUCAGAGUCCUGAACUGCAGCUUCAUUUAUAAUAUCAAAAGCAAGAAGAGCAAGAGGCAGAGAAAGACGAGUACUCCACACAUGAUCGGGAGUUUCUUUUCCAGUGAUAGAUAGAUUGCAGUGUCCACUUGAAGAUGUCGUUGGGCCUUCGUUCCUUGUACCUAUAUUUUCUUACACAUAGUAGACCAAUACAAAGAUGAACAAGUUGGGAAGACGCAAGCCUGUCAUUCAUCAUGCGACGUCAUUGUUUUUUCCAGUUCUAUUAUUUGAUUCAGUGACCCAGCCUCACGGUGCAGAACUAUUUCUCAUUAAUGGCUUUUGAUGCUUCGACGCAACCGCAAAUAACCCCUCGUUUCAUUAUUUGAUUUCUUCCCUGCCUUAUGCACGACGAACACGUAGUUGAUUGGAGGAACCUAUCAUCAUCUAAUGUCCGCUCAUUUGAUAAUUCAUGAUCUAUGUGUCGGUCUGCAACACGUAGUUGAUAGGAGGAACCUAUCAUCAUCUAUUGUCCGCUCAUUUGAUAAUUCAUGAUCUUUGUAUGUGUCGGUCUGCUUACAACCGCUAUGAAUUGUCCCCAAUUUUUGAAAUAAGCAUCGAAGCAAGCGCCUGCUAUCCACAAUCUCAAAGCUCCUCCCCGCUCCCCAUCGAUCCCUAUUUUUUCCUUGUUGAGCCCCAAAUUGUUUAUGAAUCCUGGUCUUUUCCUCGAAUUUGAGAUGGGAGCCGACAGGCGUGGUCCAUCUUUAGCGACUGAGUCCGACCCUUGUCUAGGAUGUUGUGUUGAAUGUGGUUUAGAGGAUGUUCACGAUCCUACGGUGUGAAUAAUCUGAUCUUAUACUUUACAAUUGAUGUUAU